CCGCGCGCUGUGAUGUAAGCGGGGAGGGCGUGGCCGCCGCUCGAGCCCCUGGCGGAGGGAGCGCGAGGUCAGGCGUGCUGAGAGAGCCCCUUUGGAGCGAAGGCGGGAUUAAGCCGCUUGUCUGAGGCAGAGGAGGCGGCGAGGCAGCCGCUCGGAGCAUGGCAGAAAGGGAGCCGCGGGCGCUGGCUGACCCAGAGCGCGGCAGGUGGACGAGACCUCCGAGGAGGCGCCGCCGCUGCUGACGAAGACUUGGGUGAAGCGGCGAGCCAGAGCAGCGACGGGCGACGGAGCACCGCGGAGAGGAUGGCGCUGGAAAGCAGCAGCGCGCACUGGAUGGGCUCCUUGCCGUCCGCCCUCAGCGCCCUUCCUCUGGCCAAUCUGGCCAUCCCAGGGUCACAUGAUUCCUUCAGCUACUGGGUUGAUGAGAAAUCUCCUGUGGGACCAGAUCAAGCCACAGCGAUCAAGCGGUUGGCUAAAAUCUCUUUGGUGAGGAAGGUAAUGAAGAAAUGGUCAGUGACACAAAACCUAACAUUCAAGGAGCAGCUUGAAGGUGGAAUCCGCUACUUUGACCUCCGUGUAUCUUCCAAACCAGGUGAAGCAGGACAAGAAAUCUACUUCAUACAUGGCUUGUUUGGAAUCAAAGUAUGGGAUGGGCUGAUGGAGAUCAACACCUUCCUAGAACACCACCCUAAGGAAGUGAUCUUCCUGGAUUUCAACCAUUUCUACGCUAUGGGUAACAACCACCAUGCAUACCUGAUCAGUAGGAUCCAAGAGGUUUUUGGAUCGAGACUCUGCCCCAAGGAGUGUGUGGAAAACGUCACAUUACAAAACCUCUGGGAAAAGCAGCAGCAGGUUCUCAUUUUCUACCAUCAUUGUCUCUAUGAACAAUAUCCCUUUCUGUGGCCAGGGAAUAAAAUCCCAGCACCAUGGGCAAAUACGACCAAUGUACAUAAACUGCUGCAGUUCUUGGACACUACUCGUGGGGAACGGGCAAAACACGGAACUUUCCAUGUUUCUCAAGCUAUUCUUACGCCAAGGGUCAAAACCAUUGCACGGAAUCUCAUCCGUGGCCUGAAAAACACACUUGUUCACAAGAAUCUCCCUUCGAUUCUGGACUGGGUGAAGCUGCAGAAACCAGGCGUCAUGGGCGUUAACAUAAUUACAUCAGAUUUUGUGGAGCUAGUUGACUUUGCAGCUACCGUAAUUGCAUUGAAUGACCUUCUCCUAGAAGACCACGAUUCCUGACAACAGGAGAAGUUUUAAUGUGGGAACGGUGUCCAGUCAUAUCAAGAACUUUCUUUCAAGCUCUCUCUCCACCUAUCAGUUUUGCUGUUUCACACAAUGCCAAGGCACAAGGCUACGUGUUGAUUGGACUGCACAGUCCUCAACAGCAUGGCUUCCUUCGUCCCUGUGCUGCAUGUAUGGCUGCUCUGCCUACAUCUGCUGAAUUACAGAAUGUGAUGCCGGCUGGACACUCCAACAUCUGUAAAUCAUUAGCAGGAGCCUCUCUCUAGACUUGCUGAGUUUGUGCAUCCUGCAUGUUAUGAAACCCAGGAGCCCAACUCUAAAGAUAAUUAUUGAACUCUUAAGUACACAUUUACCAGACUAGCCAAAAGAUUUUGUUCUUGGCGACAACAGUCAGGCAUGUGCUCUGCUUUCUUCCUUUCAGCUGUACUGUAUAUUAAACUACCUCAGUCACUAAAAUACAAAGCACAAACAGCGUCUCAAUUGCUAAGAGUGAUCUUUAUGUAAAUAUAGUACCGUGUAUGAGUUUUUAAGAGUUUAUUGUAAGGUAUAAAUGAAGUUUUUAAACCUCUUUCUUUCUUUUACUUGAACUCUUAAUUUAAUAUAUUAAGAAAAUUUGGUAAAUUAAAACUAUUAGAACAGAAAGAUGGGUAUUUUAAAAUACAAUGAUAUUUAUUUUGUAGCAAUUGGAAUAUCUAUGGUGGUAUGAAGUACAACAGGAAUGUAAUAAGUUUGUGGAUUUUGUAGGAAAUGUUUCCCAGAUUGUGUACCACAAUCUGGUGGGUGAUGAAAGAAGAUAUAAUUGUGCAUCUCUCAGCAAGUCUGACCUUGCCUUCCCCAAUUAGCCACCUUCUGAGGGAAGUUAAUUCUGCUGUGAGUUUUGCACCAGCUGUAGCAGAAUAUUUCAAAUACUCCCCUAUGCAGAGUUGGAGCAAUUUUUCUACCAUUAGGGGAGUUUGUUACAUCUUUGCAUGAAUUGCUUCAUUGCCCUGGCCUCCUUCCAGUCAGAAGAUGAACCCAGAUCAGAAGGUGAAGAUGGGUAAUCUUUGCUCUUACACUCUCUGAAAGUAACCCUCUUUUGGUGUUAAAAUUUUUAAAGUGAAGUUUGGUCAUCAGAAGUUGGGGGGCGGGACAUGUGAGCACUCAUGGACAUUUCCUACAGAAUCCAUAUGAGUUUUGCAUUCCUAUAUAAUGUGUGUGCAGUUUGGUGGCGGAUGACUAAGAUCAAAACUACUUUUAUGUUGGCAGAAGUUUGCUUAUUUUCUUGUUUGUCUCCAAGACAGUAUGCAAUAUAUAUAGGGUUUCUAUGAGCCUUAGGUGGGUCAAUGUUGCCCCUCCAAUAUUUGACUCAAAAGUUUGCUGGUGCUGCUACAUCUGCUGCUUUCGUAACCCAAUAUCUAACAUGUAGCAGCUUAAUUUAUUUUAAGUUUCACAUAUGAAUAUGUGAUUAGUGUCUCUUUUUGAAUUUUGUACUUGAUGGGUAAAAACAUUUGUGUUGACUUUGAUAACUUCCUGUUUGGAAGUUCUUCCCUUUAGGGUUAGAUCUAUCCGCUGUUAUUAUAUAAUUUUAAUGGACCUUCAGGGAAAAGCAGAUUUGCUGAAAGGAAUUUCAGCUUCAGAUCUCAGGCUUGCAAUGAUUGCAAAUGAUGCCCCCCAAAAAUCCAGGUUUCAAAUCUGGUGGCUUGAGUUUUCUUUUAUGUCCAUUCCUCAUGCUAGGAACCAUUUCAACCCGUGUGAAUUAGUUUGAACAGGAAAUGAAGGCAUUAUUUUCCUGCCUUUCUAAAGGGCUUUCACAGGUAUAUACAGAGCCCGAGUUUCUGUUCAUUUUAUGAACCUACUUGGAAUCACUGGGCUUAAUAGUAGUGAUUUAAGGUGGACAUGUGGUUGUGUUUUCUUUCUUUCUUCAUCUCAGCUUAUAUUUAUUUGUACAUAAUAGUUUGAUAUAACAAAAUGUGGUUGUUGAGCAAACAGUGUAGCAACGAAAACUGGCAUGAGGGAUUUCCUUUUGAAACUGAAGCAUUUGCACAGCAGGACUUUGAAGGUAUUUGAUGGUUUUGUCACCAGUAAAGAGAAAAUAAUUGAUGGUCAGGGACAAGUGCUUAAGAUUUUGAGGUCUAUUCCUAAUGAGAUCCCAUUACCAUAUGGAGGGGACAUACUUGUUGCAAGUCUCAGGGUGAGAGACAAGUUCACACAGGUUCCCUUUGAAUAGACAACUCCACACCUGAACUUGUUUAUACCAUUCAAGAAGUGAAUCAGUGGUUGGAAGAGUCAAACACUGAUUUGUUUGGAACAUGUAACUAUAUGAUCUCACCUUUCAGUAAAAAUGAAGUGACCUGUGAAGGAAUCACAGUGGUGUGACUGAAACUGCCUGGAAUUUCCUAUUUGUGUAGACAGAGGUAGUUGCUGAGAAAAGAUUUGAUAAUGACCUCUGGUUCUUGAUCAGGUAUGUGGAUACUUUGAUGUGGAGUUGAAACAGACAUGUAUGCAGUUGGGUUUGAUAGCUGCCUGUAUUAAGAUGGUGAGUUUGUUCUAUUUACUUGGUAUUUAUUUGAGUUUGUUUUCAGUCCUACCAUGGAAGUUUCAGAGCAAAAGUAUAAUUCAGAGCAAAUGAAAAUAUAAGAAAGGUAUAUUUUGAUAUCUUUGAUAUGACCAGUUGAACUCUGUCAGAACACCAUAUGUUAAUGCUAGAAGACUCUCAGUGUGGGGCCUCAUUAAACUUUUUCACAUGAUAAAGUCACCACAUGGUGAUUUUUGUGAUGUCUUGUUUUGCACGAUCAAUAUUUCAUUUGGUUGCUUCCUCAGUGUUUGGUGAGAGGUGGUACGCUCUGUCCUGGUUCACAUGCAGUGUUGAUUUUAAUAUACAUGAGCAAUCUGAUCCUCCUCCACUUCUGUGUUGCACAGCAGAGGAAGCAAAGCAGAAUCUGGUGUCAGUGUGAACCUGGGAAAACAAGCCAGACUCUGCCUUGUUUCCUCUCCCAGACAGCAGCAGGGAAGGAACAAAGUCCUUGCAUACAUUUAAAGCUACCAUUUACUUUAAACUAUGGUUUGAUGUUGUGGGCAAAUGCAGUCCCUGAGCAAGUUGGCUUUAAUUGGAUUAAAGUUAGACCUGGCAUGCUAAAUAUCAUGCCUCAUUGCAUGAAGAUGAGUUGCUACAUGGAAAUCUGUACUUGGUCUGUGUCUGUUUUCUUGAGAAAGGGGGUUAUAUAACUCGAACAGUUACUGUGAAUUUCAUUUGCUGUCCUUUUCAUUUGAGCUUGGUGUAUAAUAAAACAAGUCCUCUUGGUGAUCAGAAGCAUAGCAACUAGACAUAAAACAGGAGGCUGUUUUCUGGUUUAUGAAGGACCUAAUCUAUUUGAUUCCUCUGGCUUAAUAAGUGUCCCUUGAGCAUAGUCUGUCCUCCACUCCUUUUCAGAAAGAACAUUUAAGGCUGAAAUCUGGCACAAGUGCAGAUUUCCACAACACAGCUUUGUGAAUUGGCUCUCUUGUGGAGAUGGGGAGGGUAUAUGAUUAAAACCCACCUGAAUCUUACUGUGGGUCGCCAACAGCUUUUCAGAGGAAGUUUGCAGAACUAGGACCACUCAUGUGGUUUGUAGUAUUUAUCAUUUGCCAUUAGAGUCAUGCAGAAUACAUUUAAGAGCAAAGGUAUCAAAGGCACAAAAAUAAGGCCAAGUAUGUCAAUCUUAUUUCAAUUCUUACCAACUUUAGGCUGGGAUUUUAUUGUGCAAUUUAGUGGUUGUGCAGAUGAGACCUUGUGAUAUAAAGGGAUUGGAUUUUUUUAAUGGUUAUUUAUUCUUCUGUUAAUUUAUUGUGUAGGCUUCUGUAAAUUAUUGCAUUUGGAAUUGUUAUGGGCCAUAUUAUGUUGUGAAUUGUUAUGGACUGCAUAAAAUGUUGUUUUAAUGAAUCAGAAUAAAUAUUAUACUUUGUCCAGUGCCUAGCACAGUAAGCCCUAGUACUUGGGGCAACUUGAUGCAUUCCUGCAGCCAGAAAUAUACAAGGGUGGUGGUGAGAGUUUGGUUGUCUCAAUUAGCAUGAAUAUGCUUAUCACUAUGGUUUUGGCUGACCAAAGCAAUGGGUGAUCGGACACUUAACAAAAGUGCUCAAAUGGUCUUUAAUGUCCUGGAACUCCUUUGCAGUCUUGGAAAUGUGACAACCAUCCAAGUUGCAGGGGUGGAACAGAGAAACAGCUAGAAACAUUUUGAUUUUGAAGCAGACAGGCAGAUCAGGUGGGAAAAAGCUAUGAGCCAGCUAAAGGGAAAGCAUAUUUGUGUGCAGAAUCUCUCUCUUUAAGACAGCGUUUCUCAACCACUGUUCCGCGGUACACUAGUGUGCCGCGAGACGCUGGCUGGUGUGCCGCGACGUACGGCAACGAGAAGGGCGAUUUGCAUUGUCACGUGCCUGGCGGCCGCCAAUGCACUACACUCACCCACCGGACGGCUUGUGAAGCCUUAUUACAGGAGAUUGCAACCAACACAGCAAUUGGCAAGUGUUUCUUACAGUCAUAAUUAUAGUCAAUAUAGGGCGGCACAGAGUUAAAUUUUUUAACUUUUUUAAUGGUGGUGUGCCUCGUGAUUUUUUUCACGGAACAAGUGUGCUGUGGCCCAAAAAAGGUUGAGAAACACUACUUUAAGAACCCAAUGCAUGGUUAGCAAAUGUGCUGUCUGGUUUUGGAGUCUAUUUGCUUCUACUAUGCAAUGCUGAUAUGAGAAAGACUCUGUAAGAAUUUGUGUUCUAUCAGGUUAAAAUUUAACAGAAAAUAUGAGAGAUUUUUGUUUGAUUUUCACAGUGUAGCCCAUGAAAUAUAUCCUUAUGGUCCAUAAGCAAUCUGCAGCUAAUACUUUUUGCUACAAAGAAAAGUAAUAGAAGAAUAUCUGAAAAGGUCUAUUAGGAUGUCAAGUAUUUAUUAUGACUAUUUAUUUCCUAUAAGUACCUGAUAUCUGACUUUCUGUGAGCUACACACUUUUUUUGUCUGAUGUCUUUCUUUAAUUGCCUUUGAUUCUUUUCCUGAAAAAGUAUAGAUUUCAUUUUUUCCCCUCUCCAGAAUGUUGACUGUUCCAAGUCGACUUGGUUCAUUGUACCUUGCGUUUUCUAUUUCAAAACUCCUGGGUAUUGUAAAGCCAGUAUACCUCACUUUAUUUCCGUACGUAAAAUUUGGGGCUACAUCUGUUCCUACAAUUUACUCGGUGUUUUGUUUCUAAUUGUGAAAUUUCUAACUUUAUAUGUGUAUGUGCACCAUGACUGAAUACAAUGGAAUUAUUCUGUUAAUUGUUCAAUUGUAAUAAAAUUAUUUUGAUUAUUUCUUUCUGUUGUGCAAAGCAAUUACAGGAAAUGUACAACUUUUCUUCCAACAUCUUAUAAAUGCAGAUAACAAUAAACAGAUGAAUUCACAUUAGAAAGAAGUUUGUUGUAUAGAUUGCAAAGUUGUGUGCUAUCUAAUUCAGGAGUAGCUGACCUUUUUGACCUGGUGGGUGCAUUUGCAGGCCAGAGGAAACGUCAUGGGCACCACACCCAUUCCAUAACACUCUCCAUCCCAAGUGUUAACCUCCCCACCCCCCACCCCUUGCACUUCAUGCGACUAUUAGACUUGGUAGGGAAUGCCUUCUGUUGUCUAAGGAAGGCUUCUUUCAAGUGUGAUUUCAGCAGAGGGAGA